AUGGGCGCCGCAGGCUCGGCGCUGGCUCGUCUCGGCCUCCCCGCGCAGACCCGGCCCUCGUGGCUCGGGGUCGCUGCCCUGAGUCUGGCCGCGGUGGCUCUGGGGACCGUCGCUUGGCGUCACGCACGACCCAGGCGGCGCCGGCGGCUGCAGCAGGUGGGCACCGUGGCCCAGAUCUCGAUCUACCCGAUCAAGUCCUGCAAGGGGGUGCAGGUGAACGAGGCGGAGUGCACCACCAUGGGGCUGCGCUGUGGCAACCUGCGAGACAGGUUUUGGCUGGUGAUUAAGGAAGAUGGACACAUGAUCACUGCCCGGCAGGAGCCUCGUCUUGUGCUGGUCUCCAUCACUUAUGAGAACAACAGCCUGAUCCUCAAGGCUCCCGACAUGGAACAGCUGGUUUUGCCCGUCAAGCAGCCUUCUUCAAACCCACUCCAUGACUGCAGGCUAUUUGGCCUUGACAUUAAAGGCAGAGACUGUGGUGAUGAGGUCGCUCAGUGGUUCACCAACUAUUUGAAAACGGAAUCCUACAGGUUGGUUCAAUUUGAAACAAGCAUGAAGGGAAGAGCAUCAAAGAAAAUUUUCCCUUUUGUACAGAAUUACCAGGUGGCGUAUCCAGACUGCAGUCCGAUCCUGAUCCUCUCAGAAGCCUCCCUGGAAGAUUUGAAUACCAGACUGGAGAAGAAAGUGAAAAUGGAGUACUUCAGGCCAAAUAUCGUCGUGACAGGCUGUGAUGCUUUUGAGGAGGAUUGCUGGGAUGAACUCCUCAUUGGUGAUGUAGAAAUGAAGAAGGUCUUGUCUUGCCCCCGGUGCAUUAUGACUACGGUGGACCCAGAUACUGGAAUCAUAGACAGGAAGGAGCCGCUGGAAACCCUGAAGAGCUACCGUCUGUGUGAUCCAUCUGAGAAAAAAAUAUACAAGUCAUCCCCACUUUUUGGAAUUUAUUAUUCAGUGGAAAAAAUUGGAAACCUGAAAGUUGGCGACCCUGUAUAUCAGAUGGUACAGUGAAGGAUCUGCUGGGGUGACACGUGAAAGCUUUUAUCAUCCAGGAGGCAUCCAUCAGGAUUUUAUCAACAGCAUCAACAAUACCUCAGCAAAUCCCUAUCACCCAGCCUCGAACCAUUUUUCUCCUGUAAUUGAUUCUAUUUUUUGACUUUUCAGAGUUAUGUAUGCUCUGAGUUAAUGCAAGAAAAAGUAUUUGGAAGUCAUUUGGGAAUAUGAUGGAAUAUAAAUUUUAGGUGAUGAAAGGCUUUUAAAUGAACAAAAUUGUCUAUAAAAUUAUUUUGAAUGUUACUAUAACUGUCAUAUUUUCUAAUCCCUGACUCUACUAUUGAUGAGUUUAAAGAAAGUUUAAAGUCAGUUAAAAACAAAUACAACAACAAUAACGAAGAAAACCGCAAGAAAAUAUUUUAAAUGUAUAUACUUUUUACCUAUCAUUCUUCAUUUUAGGAGAAAUGCAAGCAACAAAAUUGUUUCCUGAUGCUCCUUUACAUGUUAACAUGCUCACAAGUGCCUAACAGUUGUUCUUGAGCUGUCUCUUGAGCCCUAUUGAUGUUUCACUCAUCUGUUUGGUGUUUUUUUUUUUUUUUUAACCCUAUCAUUGUGGAAUCAGGGUCAUAUUUGAGUAUAGAAAUUAUUUUCUAGACCUUGUUUUUACAUUUGACUAUGCCUCUGCUCAGCUCUAUGAAAAUAAUUUGUUUAUGUCUGACAAUACACCCCAUGGAAUUCCCAGGAAGAUAAAGAGGAAAAUGGAAUUUAGAAGAAAAUGGGAUUUUGAGACAAGGAAUGGAAAGAAGAAAGCAUGAACACACUUUUAAAAAUACAUGUGUAUUUUUUAUGACAAAGAAAAAUGAACUGUUUUGAUGACUAAGCAAAAAAAUGCUCACUGAAGUAAUAUAUAAAUGAUUAACCCAUUUAUAAUCUUCUGGUUUCUUUAUGAUUAAUAAAUGUAAAUCUCAGUCCUA